AUGAUUUCUUCUCUUGGUUUCAAUGUUUUUUCGUCAGUCAGCAAGCUUAAGGUAGGGAGAUUUAUUGAGUGGGGAACGUGCCCAGCUUCAAAUAUAUUGCUAGGUCUUGGAUCUCACAAUAUACAAGAACUGAAUCCGAGUUCUAUAGAUGACAACAAAGUAACAAUUUCUUCAUAUAAAACUAUAAGGUGUUAAGAUUUUUGCUGCCAAAAGAGUUUUUUCUCAUUUGAAAUGGAUUAGAAAUUUUUUAAAAAAUAUUUUUUUAGAAAAAAAAAAGCCUGGCAUUCUAUACCAUCUCUUUGUUUUCCACAUAUUGGUAA